AUCACGGUGAUCAUGUCAGUGGGCGAUCCCCUGACUAUCCUUCCUCCUGAGAUUGUCCUGCGUGUUUUGGACUUUGCCUCAAUCUCUACUCUUGCCUCCUUAACUACACUAUCGAGAGCAUGGCACGAGUUUAUCGACGUCACCCAUCAAGAAGCCAUUUACAGCUCGGACUCCAAGACCUCCCACCCACCGAACGUCGCCCGUGAUCUCUCAUUUCUGAAAGAAACCCGUACAAUCUCCAAACUAUUCGAAGGUACCACCUCAUGGAAAGAGCUAUGCAAACGCCAGACACUUCUUGCCUGCAACUGGGCCCACGCCUGUCCCAUUACCCAAGAGUCAGUGCUCCAAGUCGGUAAUGAUCCAGUAUGGCGAUUCCGCCCUGACUUCAAGCGGCGUUUCUUCGUAUCCACUUCUCAUAUUGGAGGAUUGAAUGUGACCGAUAUGGAAAGUGGUCGGAUCUUAUGGCGUCUGCCUUCCAGUCUUGAUCGAGACGAAGAUUCAGUCAGGCCAUAUGCUCACCUGGAGUACCAAGAUGGGAUAGCGGUGUUUGAUCGAGAAGGUGAUUCGGUGGAAGUAUGGCAAGCAGACUUAGAUGGUGCAACGCGGGGAGAGUUUCGGCGCAUCGCAGUUUUGAACCAUGAUUGCCAGACCAGAGGCUUCCAACUCUCCCAUGGCACGCUAUGUGUAGUGUCCAACCAAGGGAAAGGCUUUGUGUAUGAUAUGGAGCAAAGUCCUCCUCGGCUGAAAACACGCCUAAAGAUCGAACAUGAUGCUGUUGGUCACUUGGAUCAAAGCAAGGAUGCCGUAAUAUACUCUAUAGGUCAACGUGGCUAUCAUAUCUAUGAUAAAGAGUCCGGUGCCUACUUGGGUGCCCUGCAUCCAUCCCGCUGUACGGAUAGAUAUCACAUUCGUCCACCUGCUACUCCUUCUCGUUCCGCAAGUGCAGCCCUGGCUGGCGCCGCGCGACAUGGUCCCACCCAUCGUAUCUUCCCUCCUGGACCACCUCGCAAGGAUUGCCUGACUCCAAUUGACAUUUUAGAUGGCCCCCUUGUGACAUCUCCCACAAAUACGGAACAAAUUUCCCAUGGAGAGGAUGAAUGGGGUGCUGGGAUGUUGAAUGGCGAUCUAUUUGUUGGUUUUUCUCGUGCUGGGCGGGUCUUCAUCUGCUCUGACUGGCGCAAAGCAAUCCAAGAUGAAGCCGGCUCUGCUGCCAACACCUCGAUCAUUGAGUGCGAGUCGGAUGGUGCUAGCUUUGAUCUAGGUGGUUGGUUGGCGGUCCGCAAUCAUCGUGUGAUGUUUGAAAUCCAAGACCGAAUUUAUAUCGUGGCCCUAGAUGAUCAAAACAAGAUCCAAACCACGAGCUCCCCUGCGCGUGCUUCAUACUCUCUACUCACUAGCUCCGCACCUCAACUUGCUGUACCUGUUAGCUUCAUGACCUUGUGCGACGAUGCUAUCAUGACCACCUACACGACUCUUGGCUGGCGCCAAACCCUGAGCGACAUUCCGGGUGAUCUUGCUCAACAGCAGCACGAUAACCCUGCACGAAUUUUCCCAACUAAAGCCAUCCGCAUUGUGAGCCUUGCUCCCAACCUUGGCGGGAACUUAACCUCACGCUCCAACACAACGACUCCAGAGCAUCCAGGAGUGACAAGCGACGAUUCUACAGAUCCUACUCGUCCCCUUCCUGAUGAUGCCUGGCGUUCUCAAGCAGGGCUCUUAGCUUUGAUCAGCAUGCUUCAGGAUGAUGUCGAAGAUGAUGAAAUUGGAGAAAUCUUGAUAGAUGAUUUGCAGGGAGCAGAUAUUCCUGAUCCCGAGUGGGAAGACAUCGAGGACGAGGACGAGGACGAGGAAGUGGAUGAUGACGAGGAUGGCGAAGAUGAGCCUACAGAGGAACCUAGAGAGGAACCUAGAGAGGAACCUAGAGAAGAACCUAGAGAAGAACCUAGAGAAGAACCCAUAGAAGAACCUAGAGAAGAGCGGAAAUUACGACGGCGCGAGUAA